AUGGAGCGGCCGUACCAGGGCGGCAGCGCGGCGGCGUGCGCGGAGGAAGGCGGCAGGAAAGGCGAGACCUUUGACGACGCCGCCGCGGAGAACCUCCUGGCAAAGCUUCGUCUGAAGUUCCGGUCGGGCGAGACGCGGAGCUUGGCGUGGCGCGAGCAGCAGCUGCGCAAUGUGGUGCGCAUGGCGGAGGAGCACGAGGACGACAUGAUGGCGGCGCUCAAGGCGGAUCUAGGCCGCGGCCGCAUGGAGGCUCUCAUAGAGGUGCUGGGCGUGUGGAAGGCGGCGAGUCACAUGCUGAAGCACUUCAAGAAAUGGCUGCAACCGCACAAGGUGGGCACGCCGCUGUUGUUGAGGCCAGGGCGGUCAGAGGUGCUGUAUGAGCCGCUGGGCGUGGUGCUCAUCAUCUCGCCCUGGAACUUCCCCUUUCGUACGUCCCCUCCCCACCGCUUCUCCUUACAACUUCUCCACCGCUUCUCCUUACAACUCCCCCCUAUGGAGCACGUCCACUCCCAGCAUUCUCCUUCUCCCUCCCUCUCCUCUCUUCUCCUCUCCAUGUCUACCCCUCUCAGUGCUGUCUCUGGAGCCGCUAGUGGGAGCGCUAGAAGCGGGCAACGCAGCGGUGCUGAGGCCCUCAGAGGAGCUCUCAUGGUGCCAUCUCUCUCCGCUCUAUCUCGUGUGUGUUUCCAUCUCUCAGUGCUGUCUCUGGAGCCGCUAGUGGGAGCGCUAGAAGCGGGCAACGCAGCGGUGCUGAGGCCCUCAGAGGAGUUCUCAUGGUGCCAUCGCUCCUCUCCGCUCUAUCUCGUUGCUGUCUCUGGAGCCACUAGUGGGAGCGCUAGAAGCGGGCAACGCAGCGGUGCUGAGGCCCUCAGAGGAGCUCUCAUGGUGCCAUCUCUCCUCUCCGCUCUAUCUCGUGUGUGUUUCCAUCUCUCAGUGCUGUCUCUGGAGCCGCUAGUGGGGGCGCUAGCAGCGGGCAACGUGGCGGUGCUGAAGCCCUCAGAGCUCUCCCCCGCCUGCUCGCACCUGCUCUCGCGCCUCCUCCCCCUCUACCUCGACUCGCACGCCGUUCAGGCAGGUGCUAUCCACGCCAGUGCGCUCAGAGUGACACAAGGGGCGACGCGUGCACGUGCAGGCAGCAGCACAUCCCUGCGGUUCGCUCUCAUCCCCAACCCCCUUCUUCCCCAACCCCCUUCUUCCCCAACCCCCUUCUUCCCCAACCCCCUUCUUCCCCAACCCCCUUCUUCCCCAACCCCCUUCUUCCCCAACCCCCUUCUUCCCCACCCCCCCUUCUUCCCCAACCCCCUUCUUCCCCACCCCCCUUCUUCCCCAACCCCCUUCUUCCCCACCCCCCUUCUUCCCCAACCCCCCCCCCCCUUGCCGCAGGUGGUGGAAGGCGGCCCAGAGACAGGCAAGGCGCUGCUGGGGCGGCGUAAGCAUUUGACACCUGUCACUCUGGAGCUGGGCGGCAAAAAUCCACUGUUCAUCGACGAGUCCGCUGACCUGGAGGUGUGUGCUGCCGACCUGGAGGUGUGUGCUGCUGACCUGGAGGUGUGUGCUGCCGACCUGGAGGUGUCAGCAAGGCGGAUCGUAUCGGGCAAGUGCACGAACACGGGGCAGGUGUGCCUCCUGCCCGACUACAUUCUCGCCUCCAAGGACGUUGCUGCGCGGCUGGUUCGUCUAGAGGAGCUGCCCCAUCUGAAGGCAGCCGUGGAGCAGUUUUACGGCAGCAACCCCGCUGGGUGCCCUGACCUCGCCCGCAUCAUCAACACCUCCCACCUGCUCCGCCUGCAGAGGCUUCUCGACCAUCCUGCUACCGCCUCCUGUGUCGUGCACGGGGGGCAGAGCGAUGUGGAAUCGAGGUACUUUGCCCCAACGCUGCUGCUCAACGUGCCCUGGGAUGCCCCCAUCAUGCAGUCCGAGAUCUUUGGGCCCAUCCUGGCCAUCCAAACAGUGUCAGGAGUGGACGAGGCCAUUGGAAUCGUAAACGCGCGCCCCAAGCUGCUCGUGGUGAUGGUCUUCACGUCCCGGGAGGACGUGCGGCAGCGCUUCCUCAAGGAGAGCAGCUCGGGGGCUGUCGUGGCCAAUGAGCUCAUCCUGCAGGUCUGCAACAUGGAGUGCCGUUUGGUGGUGUGA